AUGGCCUCGAUCCGCAGCAACAACGCCCAGCCGGGCCGUGGCUUCUUUGGCGCGCCAUACCCCACCACCGCCGCACAAUCAGCAUACGACUUUGAGCACGACCCUUGGCUACAAAACGCUCAGCCCAACGGCCCCAACAACCCAACUUCCCGCCUCGUCUCCAACCCCGAAGCAAGAGGUUCCCGACCCCUCACCUGGGGAGGCUACAGCGUCCCAAGCACAGACGCUUCCCCUACCGCCGCCAGGCCUCAAGCAGAGCUCCUGCUGCCUCCCCUCUUCGGCCAGGCUUGGCAGCUUGCCUGCUCCGCCGAUGCUGCUCACCACCCCUCGACCAGCGCCGACCCGCGCAUCGACCCCGACAUCUCGCUCGCACAGCUCCACCGCCUCCUCACCGACGCAGGCGAGACGGCCGCCACCGCAGAGAGGAUCCUCAACCUCUGCUGCACCGCCUCCAGGUGCUCCCGCCACGACUUUUUCCUCGCCCUCGUCCUGCUCCGAUACGCUCAGAGCGGCGAGUCCCUCGACGCGCACAGGGCCGCCGCCCAGCUCCAGUCCGGACACGUCGAGAGCCCCACCAUCGACCUCGAUAGCAUCCGCGCCACUACGGAAUCCAACGUCCACACCUUCCCGCCGCCCAACCCGGUCCUGACGCCCCGACCGCCAGGGCCGAUGCGCGAGAUGUCUGACCCUUGGAACACGGGCUCGAACGCUGCAGCCGCUACAGCCGCUGCUGCUGCUGCUCCUGCGAGCACCGCCUACCGCGAUGGCCUUCCCAGCAGUUCCGCAUCGGGCGGUCCCGCAUCGGUCUUCCGCAGCUUCGCCUUCGACGGCGGCGAGAGCGGCGGCUCUAAUGGCAGUACCGCCGCGAUUACGACCAACGGCGGCGCCUCCGAAGCCCCCUUCGGUCCCGUCGAACCACCACGAUCGUCGGACGGCCCCCCGACCUCGCUCGGCCUCUCGAGCUCGAGGCUGCGGCAGGGCACAAUACGCACGCAGCGGCCAUUCAGCUACGUCUCGGACUCGGCCGAGGUCAACGCCGUGGGCGCCGCCGACGACCCCGAGGCCGACCUGCCGCUCGACGAGAUCACCGUGCGCCUGCGCUCCGAGCUCGAGGGCUUCCUCAUCAAGCACAACGUCUACGUCGUCUCGUCGGAGCUGCGCCAGUCGUCAGUCAUCCGCAGGUACAGCGACUGGGUGUGGCUGGCAGACUGCCUGGUCAAGCGCUAUCCCUUCCGCUGCCUGCCCCUCCUGCCGCCCAAGCGCAUCUCCCUUCCGAUGGCGGGACGGCAUCUGUCGGGCGACGACCAGUUCAUCGAACGUCGCAGAAGAGGCCUGGAGCGCUACCUGCGCGUGCUCAGCUCGCACCCGGUGCUGCGGCAGGACCGGCUGGUCGACGUGUUCAUGACAGAGAAGCGCCCGCUGUCGGAAUGGCGGCAGACGGCGCCGCCGCUCUACCUCGACGAAGAGGGCCUGACCAAGGUGCUCGACGAGGUCGAGCAGAUGUCGAUCCCGGAAGACCUCGACGCCAAGCUGGCGCAGCAGCGACGGGCGCUGCCGGACCUGCUGGAGCGGUGGACGUCGACGGUGGCGCUGUUUGAGCGGAUGGUGCGGCGCAACGACGCGGCGGCGGCCGAUUUCUCGAGGUUCAACUUUGGCCUCCUGUCGUUGGCCGAGAGCUCGGAUCGGCGGUGGAGGCCCGAGAGCGACAGCCGGCGCGGGGGCAGCAGGGAGGCCGCCGAGGGGUGCCUGCGCAAGGUGGGAGAGGCAUACCAGGCCCACUCGGACCUGGUGGCGAGGCGGUCGAGCAGAGAGGGCGGAUACACCCUCGAGUCGCUCAAGCACCAGCGCGAUCUGGUCGCUGCAUUCCGCGACCUCUUUAUCCGGCUCGACCGACUGCUACCGGACCAGGUCGAUGCUCUGCGAAAGAGGAUGGAGGGGACGACGAAAAAGGCGGCACAGAUGAAAAAGGACGCCGCUGCCGCCGCUGCCGUAGCCAACGCCGCAUCGACAUCGACAUCGGCAUCGACCGCGGGGUGGGAGGAAGAGUACGGACGGCUGAUGGGCGAGGUGGCGAGGGAUGGCGAGACGGUGCGCAAGCUCCUGGGUCGGAGGGUGCACGUGCGCAAGACGCUGUGGGAGGAGCUCGUCUGGUUCCACUGGAGGUACGUCGAGGUCGACGACGUCUGGAAGGCCUGGGCGCGCGACAAUGUCGUCGUCGCCGCAGAGGCUGGGCGCAAUUGGGAGGUGCUCGGCAUGAAGCUCGACAUGUAG